AUGACGCGCCUUAUCUUCCCCCAGAAAUACAGGCCAAAAAAAGAAUCUUCCCCUAAAAAUCAUCAGAGGCAUCCUCAAACGACUUCCGGCAAAGAUUGGAAAAAUCUUGUAAAAAACCCAUCUUUCAUCGCGGAACACCUUCAACAAUCCAGUCAUCAAAACCCUUCUCUUCUUCUUUUCCAAUGGAAUAGAAGUGAUAAUCCUUCGUGCUGGCCGUUGCGUUUGCUGGAUUGUGAUUUGCAUGUCCGUGAAAUUGAUAAAGUACCUUUCAUCAAUUCCUUGGCGAGUACAAGGAUAGUCGAUUCCUGUAAUGGCCUGCUUUGUGUUGAAACCAGUCAGUAUAAAAAAUCUCCUCCUUCGCUUUCUUUGUGGAAUCCUGCGACUACAACCUUCAGAGAUUUGCCUAUAUCCAUAACUGCAAAUUGUUUUUUUAACUUUGAUGAUUGGGUGACAGGAUUUGGUUUCGGCCCAAUAGUUAAUGAUUACAAGAUAGUAAGAACUUAUGUUGCUGAUUGUUGUGUUAAUCGAGUGGAAGUGUUUUCUAUAAGUAGAGAGUUAUGGAAGGCAAUAGAUGUUGGAAACUUAAAGGGAGUGCUACUUAAUUCUGAAACUGUCACAGCUAAUGGAUCCAUACUCUGGAUUGGGUUAGAUCUACGUCUAUAUGAGGCGAGUGAAGACAAUAUUGAGGUUAAGGAGGGUGAAUAUGAUGUUAGGGUGAUAGUUUCAUUUGACAUAGCAAAGGAAGUGUUUACUUUGAUACCAAAGCCCCAUUUAGACUAUGGUACACCUAUGAAGCUUACUGCUUAUGAGAACAAACUUGCCAUGCUUUGUGACAUUGGGAAAGGCGAUGACGGAACAUCUAAUCUGAUUGAUUUGUGGGUGUUAGAUGAGGGUAAAUGUUCUUCUAGGGAGACAUGGAGCUGGACUGCAAGAUAUGCAGGCAGCCCCUUUCUAUGCCGGAGAAGCCAUUCUUUUCUUAGCACGAUAUAUUCAAUGACUAUAUAG